ACAAACACUCAUGCUCCUUUGUCGCCGACCAUAAGGACGUUGGCCUUGCUAUUCCGCGUGCACUGUUUCCAUAAGUCAGUCCCUUUGCUCUCAGCGAUCAAUCAAACCCAAGCAAACCUUUUUCUCCUUCGAGCUAGCUCAUCUAUGGCGGAUCUCAAACGCACUCACAUCGUCAUGCUCUGCAGCCCCGGCGUCGGCCACUUCAUCCCCAUCUUCGAGCUCGCCAAGCACCUCGCUCACCACGACGACCUCACCAUCACCAUCAUCACCACCCAACCCAUCACCUCCAUCCCUGACUCCUACCAAACCAUCAUCAACUCCCUCCAGUCUGAUAUCCACCUCCUCUCCUUCCCCUCUCCUCCCUAUCACUCCCUCCCCGAAUCAGCCAAAGACGAAUCCCGCAUCAUGUUCAGCAUUUCCCACAACCUCCCUCGCCUCCGUGAACUCCUCCGUUCCCUUGCUUCCUCCGACAACCCUCCCGUGGCUCUCUUCGUCGACCUUUUCGGCGUCGACGCGUUCGACGUCGCCAUGGAGUUCAAAAUCCAUCCAUACAUCUUCAGCACCAGCUCUUGCUUCGCCUUACGCUUUGGUCUUCAUCUUCCCAAGCUCGAUGACGUGCUGACCGGCGAGUUCCAAGACUUUCUAGAGCCACUGAGACUGCCGGGGUGCCCCCCGAUCUCUCCGAAGGACAUGCCGGAUUUUAUGCUGGACAGAGGAAACACAGCUUACCUGAGCUUUGUCCGUAUUUUUAAAAGGUACGUUGAAGCGAAAGGGAUUCUAGUGAAUAGCUUUGAAGAAUUGGAGCCUGUGGCCAUGAAAGCUUUGAAAGAUGAUGAAGAUGUGCCUCUUGUGUACACUGUUGGGCCUCUAGUGAGGACUUGCUUGACAGGAGUCGUUAACGGCGCUGGGUGCUUGACAUGGUUGGACAAACAGCCGCUUGGCUCUGUUCUCUAUGUCUCAUUUGGCAGUGGUGGCACGCUCACCAGAGAGCAGAUGAAGGAGUUGGCCUUGGGUCUGGAGAUGAGCAAGCAGAGAUUCUUGUGGGUGGUCAAGACCCCUCAUGAGAGCAAGCCCAGUGCUGCUUACUUUGGUGGUCAAACACCUGAGAGUAUUACUUCUCUGGAGUUUUUGCCUGAUGGGUUCCUUGCAAGAACUGAAGGUUUGGGUCUUGUUGUCCCUGCCUGGGCUCCUCAGGUGGAAGUGCUGGGUCAUGCUUCUGUUGCUGGGUUUAUGAGUCACUGUGGUUGGAAUUCCAUCCUGGAGAGCAUUUUGCAUGGAGUGCCAAUGUUGGCUUGGCCAUUGUAUGCUGAGCAGAAUCUCAAUGCACUGAUGAUUGUGGAUGGUUUGAAGGUGGCUUUGAGGCCUCAAGUUGGAGAUAAUGGCUUGGUAACAAGGGAUGAAGUAUGUAGGGUGAUCAAGUGUUUGAUGGAGGGGAUGGAAGGUAAAGAAUUGAGAGAGAGGAUGAAACAGCUGAGUGUUGCAGCCACCAAGGCUGUAGCAGAAGAUGGAUCAUCCUUCAAAUCAAUUUCAAAGCUGGCCCUUGAUUUGAAGAUUCUCUGACCAUCCUCUAGGAAGUAGAAACCAAAAAUUAAACAAAUCCGGAAAUCCCUUCCUAUGUUGUUAAGUGGGGACAAGUCAAUCGCUCUGUUUGCGAUGUUGCUUUGCCAACAUUUUUUUUUUUAUGGAUUUUAAUAAUUUGUUCCGUUUAAUCAAAAUAAUAAAAUUGUUAGUUCCAAUUAGCGCAUCA